ACAUGACCCAACCAUGGGAGCUCCGCCCCCUCUCGGAAAACUUAUUGUCAUCUCUUGUGCCGGUUCCCUCGGCCAGUCUGGGUACUACCGUUGUUCAAGACAGUACAGAAUCACCAUGGCACCCGUCCUCGGCUACUGGAAGAUUCGCGGUAUCGCACAGUCCAUUCGGCUGAUGCUCGAGUACACAGGCACGGAGUUCGAGGACAGGUACUACGAGUGCGGACCCGCGCCGCUCUUCGACAAGUCCAGCUGGCUCGACGAGAAGGACGACCUCGACCUCGAGUUUGCUAAU